GGUUGGCAUGGAGAGUUAGACCAUAGGGUCUGUUUCUGUGCUGUACAUCUCUAUAACUCUAUGAGUCUAACUAUGUGCUCAACCUAUACAACCCGCCCUCAUAGAACAGUCCCUCCAUAGCUAAUAUCAGCUAGUCAACUUUCUGUGCACUGCCCCCAAUGCCAGUACGAUUUCCUUAGAUAAAGGACCCAAACUGUUCCCAGUAUUCCAGCAGUGGCUCAGCAAAUGUCCUGUAUUGAUUUAACAAGGCCUCCUCUAUUCCCUUUGAAAUAAAGGCUAACAUUUAUUUGCCUUCCCUAUUACCCACUGAACCUGGAUACUAUUUUCUUGUGAUGCAGAGACAAAGAUCCCCAAGUCCCUCAGUUCUGUAACUUUCUGCAGCCUUUUCCCAUUUAAAUAAUAGUCAGCUCCUCGACUGUUCCUGCCAAAGUGCAUAAUUUCACAUUAUAUUCCAUCCACCACUUGCUUGAUCUGUUUAUAUCCUUCUGCAGACUCUUUGUAUCAUCCUCACCUCUUGUCUUUCUGUUUAUUUUAGAGUCAUCUGCAAACUUCGCAGUAAUGCUUUAACCGUCCACAUCCAGGUCAUCAGUAUGUGUAAGCUAUAAUUGUGGGCCCAGCACUGAUCCCUGAAUUACAGGCUGUGAUUCCGAAAAUUCCCCUCCUAUCCCAACUUGCUUUCUUGUCUUACUUUGUCAAUCCCCAUCCAUGUAUAUAUAACUACCCCACCCCCCUCCCAUAUCAUGGGCUCUUAACUUUAUAAGUAGCCUCAUGGGUAAUACCUUAUCAAAUGCCUUCUAAAAACCCAAAUAUAUUACAUCUACUGUUUCCCCCUUAUCUGUCCUGUUUGUUAUCCCCUCAAAGAACCCCUGAAAGUAAAUUUGUCAGGAUGAUUUCCCCUUCAUGAAGCCACACUGACUCUGCUUACUCAGAUUAUGUACUUCUAAACACUCUGCUAUAUCCUUUAUACAACGCCUCCCUAUUAACAGAUGUUCAGCUAAUUGUCCUAAUUAUGUUUUUCCUCUCCAUCCCUUUUUAGAUUAGGGUUUUAUAUCAGUAGAUUUUCAAUUCUCUGGGACUUUUCCAGAAUCUAACGAUUCCUGGAGGAUUACUGCCAAUAUACCCACGAUCUCUGUCCCUACUCCUGUAAGAUGAUGGGAGUCUCGACGUACCAUCCAGCAGCCCCCUGUGAUGUUCUGUUUUUGUUGUAUUUGAUUUCACAGCUCGUAUAAACCUUGUGAAACAGCAGUGAAAGAUAAUUACGCCCUGCUCGGCUGUCAUGUUGAUGAAAGUCAAACUGCCAGAGUGAACAACAAAGAUGGAGCUCCAGUCGGGUGCAACGAUGAACCCAGGCAUCAGCUCGAUUACAAAGCGUGUCGGAUUCAGCUCUUCAACGCCAUCUUUGAAGGAGAUCUGGACACCAUAGAUACCUUACUUGGAAAGGUCAAGGAAUCUAACGGCUAUCUCUCUCAUCAAAUAUUAAAAGAUCCAAACACUGGUCAGACCUGCCUGAUGAAAGCCUUACUAAAAAUAACAAACAAAGCAGAGGAUGCAGCCCAAGACUGCAAGACUGUGGAGAUUGUCAAGAAGCUAAUCUUCUUCUCAAGGAAGACUGGAGACCUGGAAGCCUUUAUCAAUGCAGCCUACACUGACAAGAUUUACAGAGGACAGACAAGUCUGCACAUUGCAGUGGAGCGCAGGAGGUGUGACCUGGUCAAGCUGUUGGUCAGAAACGGUGCCGCUGUUGAUGUCAUGGCCAAAGGAAGCUUCUUCCGCAACAAGAAACACAAAAAAUGUUCCUUCUAUUUUGGAGGCUUCCCCCUCAGUCUGGCUGCUUGUACCAACCAACUGGACAUUGUGACCUUCCUGAUUGAGCAUGGCGCAGACCCCCGGGCACAGGACCGGGCAGGGAACACGGUGCUACACGCCCUGGUAACCAUCGCCUACGACACGGUGGAAGCUCGGAGCUUUGUGACAGAGAUGUACGACUUUAUCCUGAUGAGGAGCACGGACAUAUCGCCCAGCGAGAACCUGGAGAAGAUCACCAACCUCCAGGGUCUGACACCCCUGCACCUGGCUGCUCAGACCGGCAAGAUAGGGAUAUUUAAACAUAUCCUGGGAAGGGAAAUAAAACAGAAGAAAUACAAGCACCUUUCCAGAAAGUUCACGGAGUGGGAAUAUGGACCGGUCUCUUGUUCCUUAUAUGACCUGUCUGGAGUCGAUACGAUUGAGGAGAACUCUGUGCUUCAGACCGUGGUGUACAGCAGCAGGAACAGGAACCGUCAUGAGAUGCUGAGUGUGGAACCCAUGAAUGAGCUGCUGCAGAAGAAGUGGGAGGAUUUCGGGGUGUACCUGUUCAUCGGCAGUUUCAUAUUCUACCUGACCUACAUCAUCACAUUGACCAUCGUAGCCUCUAACAGACAGGAGAGAAACAACUCCCUUGACCAAGAGCAGUGCUCCCAUCACAUUGGAUUCUUGAUCCCAAUAUCUGCGUUGAGUUAUCUACCCAAGCUCUUCCAGGCACAGAUUUAUCUAUUUUUAAUGGCUGUGUAUCUCUCUGUUAAAGAGGCAUCACAGAUGGUGUAUCUGAGGCGCUCCAACCUGCACUCUGUGCUGGUGGAUGGAUUCUUUCACGUGCUGUAUUUCCUCCAGGCCAUCCUGGUGAUCAUCUUCAACUCCUUGUGCUGGGCAGAAGUGGAAGGUUCCAGAAUACUGCUUGUAAUCGCACUGGCCCUGGGCUGGUUCAAUGUCCUUUAUUACACACGAGGUUUCAAACUAACUGGCAUUUACUGUGUGAUGAUAAAAAAGAUUAUCCUGCAGGAUAUCCUGCGAUUCCUCCUGGUCUACGCAGUUUUCAUUGUGGGAUUUGCAGCAGCUCUGGCCUCCUUAAUUGAGGAAUGUCCCACAGACAGCGACUGUCCGUACAAUGGAUUCAGUUCCGCUAUCCUGGAGCUCUUUAAGCUCACUAUUGGCUUGGGAGACCUGGGAAUCCAGAAACACUCCAGGUUUCCCAUCUUCUUCCACAUGCUCCUGGUACUGUACGUCAUCCUGACCUUUGUCCUUCUCCUGAACAUGCUGAUCGCUCUGAUGGGAGAGACCGUGACAAAGAUUUCCAGUGACAGUGAGAAGAUCUGGAAGCUGCAGAGAGCUGAGACCACUCUGCACUUUGAGAGAUCGCUGCCGAAAUGGCUACGGACCAGGUGUAAGAAUGGCCACAGCUUUACGGAGAUUACUGUUGGACUCACACCUGAAGGGAAGGAGGACAAACGGUGGUGUCUCAGGUUAAACGAGGUCAAAUGGAACGAAUGGGACACUCUCAUUGGCACGGUGACAGAAUCGCCAGAAGAGGAGUGACACACAGGGACACUCACUGCCAGCAGCGACACAGGAAAACUAAUAGACUGGCAUUUCUAUCGUGGCUUUCACACAACGCUGUUUUACAGACAGCACAGUGUUCUGGGCGUGAAGCCAUUGCUGUCGACCCACAGUAUCAAGCAGGAAGUAAUCAGCUUCUUGUUCACAUUGCGCAAGGAAUUAAUAAUCACCGGCAGAUCCAUUGCCCCACUAACUAUCUGCUCGUCUUCAAAGUAGGAAACUGGCAUCUUUUGUAUUCACCAGAGAAGGCAAAUUAAUUCGCACUGCGUCAGCACUGACCCUCCGACAGUGCGGCACUCCCUCAGCACUUGACCCUCUGACAGUGCGGCUCUCCCUCAGCACU